AUGACCAGCAAAAGAAAUAGCUGGUUUGGAGAACAAGGUUCGAUUCAGAAGAAGGUGAUGGAGCAACCAGCCAUGCUUCAAGGGGGAGAAUUAAGACCAUACCAGUUGGAAGGACUUCAGUGGAUGCUAUCUUUGUUUAACAACAAUCUAAAUGGGAUUUUAGCUGAUGAGAUGGGUUUAGGAAAGACAAUUCAGACCAUAUCAUUGGUUGCAUAUCUAAUGGAGAAAAAGGGUGUGGUUGGGCCCCACUUGAUUGUGGCUCCAAAGGCUGUAUUGCCAAAUUGGGUCAAUGAAUUUGCAACCUGGGCUCCUGGUAUCAUGGCUAUUUUAUAUGAUGGGCGUCAAGAUGAGAGAAAGAUUAUGAGGGAAGAGUAUUCUGGGGAUGGAAAAUUCAACGUGAUGAUAACCCACUAUGAUCUCAUUAUGCGAGACAAAUCAUUUUUGAAGAAAAUUCAGUGGCACUACAUGAUUGUUGAUGAAGGACAUCGAUUGAAAAAUCAUGAGUCUGCUCUUGCCCGGACUUUGGCAGACUACAAAAUUAGGCGGAGGCUUCUAUUAACCGGUACCCCGAUACAAAAUAGUUUGCAAGAGUUGUGGGCCCUGCUUAAUUUUCUCCUCCCCACAAUCUUUAAUUCAGUUGAGAAUUUCGAGGAGUGGUUUAAUGCACCCUUUGCAGAUCGAUGUGAUGUUACUCUUACAGAUGAGGAAGAGCUAUUGAUUAUUCGUCGUUUGCAUCAGGUUAUAAGGCCGUUCAUAUUGAGGAGGAAGAAAAGUGAGGUGGAGAAAUUUCUUCCUGGGAAAACACAGGUCAUAUUAAAAUGCGAUUUGUCAGCUUGGCAGAAAGUAUACUAUCAACAGGUCACUGACUUGGGAAGAGUUGGGUUGGAUACUGGAUCUGGGAAGUCCAAGAGUCUCCAGAACUUGUCAAUGCAACUCAGAAAGUGUUGUAAUCACCCAUACCUCUUUGUGGGAGAAUAUAACGUUUGGCGCAAGGAGGAGAUGGUCAGAGCAUCUGGGAAAUUUGAGCUGCUUGACCGCUUGCUCCCAAAACUCCAAAGAACAGGGCAUAGAGUUUUGCUUUUCUCAACAAUGACUCGUCUCAUAGACAUCCUUGAAAUUUAUUUGCAGCUGCAUGAUUAUAAGUAUCUUAGACUGGAUGGUACAACAAAGACAGAAGAAAGAGGGACUCUACUAAAGCACUUCAAUGCACCGGACUCACCUUUCUUCAUGUUUCUUUUGAGCACUCGUGCUGGGGGCCUUGGUCUAAACUUACAAACCGCAGAUACUGUUAUAAUAUUUGAUAGCGAUUGGAACCCCCAAAUGGACCAACAGGCAGAGGAUCGGGCCCAUCGUAUAGGGCAGAAGAAGGAAGUGAGGGUCUUUGUGUUGGUUAGUGUUGGAUCAAUCGAAGAGGUUAUCCUGGAACGCGCUAAACAGAAAAUGGGCAUUGAUGCCAAGGUCAUUCAGGCGGGUCUCUUCAAUACAACCUCCACAGCUCAGGACAGAAAAGAUAUGUUGCAGGAGAUCAUGCGAAGAGGUACAAAUUCACUUGGGACAGACGUGCCAAGUGAGAGAGAAAUCAACCGUCUUGCAGCUCGAUCGGAUGAGGAGUUCUGGUUGUUUGAGAGAAUGGAUGAAGAAAGACGACAAAGGGAGAACUACAGAUCAAGGUUGAUGGAAGAACAUGAAGUACCUGACUGGGCAUAUUCCAUCCCUGAUAAUAAGGGAAACAAGUCUAAAGAUGAACCUGAUACUAACGAAAGUACAGGAAAGCGACGCAGAAAAGAGGUGGUUUAUGCUGACACACUGAGUGAAAUGCAGUGGAUAAAGGCUGUUGAAAAUGGAGAAGACUUGUCAAAGCUUAUGUCUAAAGGGAGGAGAAGAGAAAAGCUUCAGAAUGAGGCAAAUGAAUCAAGCAGUGAUAAUGUAGUGGGAGAGCAAAAAGCAUUAGAUCCAAGGAAUGCCAAUGAUACAGUCAGUGAGGAAGCAACUGAAGUUUCCUUUGGGCAGACCCCUAAAAGGCUCAAAUCUGGACCCAUGCAGUGCAAUAGGCCUGAAACUGAGGGUUCCGGGGGAAGUGGUUGGAGUGGGGAUAUCUUCACAUGGAAGACCCACAAGAAGAAGAGAUCAAGCUAUGGUGUUCCAAGUUCAUCAUCAUUUGAUGCAAAAGGCCUGAAGUCUAACAGCAGAGUGAAUGGAAGGUUUUGAUAAACUCAAAAAAAAUUUAACAGAUGUAUUUAUAUGAAUCUUGAGUGAGUUUUAUUCUAAUUAUAGUUACCCAAAUCUUCCUAUUCUGAGGGUAGUGGUCAUGUGAUUCCUGAAUCAGGCAGAUCUUGGAGGGUUUUUUCUCAGCUUCUGUGCAUGUCAAGGUUACUCACCUCUCUGAUCAAUGCUUCUAAAUUGUAAUAUUUUGUGCUACAAAUGAGAAAUCACUAUCCAUUUUUU